AGUUCACUGUACUCUGUCACUGCCUCUCCUCCGGAUCUACCUGUAGGGCUGAUGAAAUAAUGACCUUCCUAGGCUUGAUAGGGAAGCCGGGGAUGAAGCCGGCAAUGAAGAACAAUCACACAGGCCCAGCUUCCUAACUCUCUGAGCUAAGGUUCAUGACUAAAAAUGGGUUUAUAAAAAAAGAGGAAAGAAAACACCCUUGACCACCAAGGCCAGCCUCUUCCUGAAAAGCCCCUGUUCACAUAAAUACAGGAAGUAGAAAAGAAGCUGUAACACACACAUGCAACUUGGAAGUUUAUUCUCACUUCGCAGCCGCCAGUCUUUUGGAACGACUGUGGCAAAAGCUCAGCUUUCAAUCGUGUCGAAUCCGUCAUCGGCCUAAUUUUUUUCCCAGGGGGUUGGGAAGAGGCAUGGAAGGUUUGUCAGGAAAUGCCAAGGUAUGACUUUCUUCACAAGGGAGAGCUGAAACGAUUCUGAAGCAAGAAGCACCUCCACGCUCUUUGCUGGGAUGAUGACAACAUUGCUGGGAAAUCAGGCAGCUGGGCCUGUCACACAAACCAGUGAAGAAGAGGAAGAUAAGAGCCAGCCGGGCCAGCUGAUUGCUCUGAGGAAUUGCUUUUCCCUGCCAGGCAUCAGUGUCCUUGAGAAGCUCAUCCAAACAUGCCCAGUUUGGCUUCAACUGAGCAUUGGCCAGGAAAAGGCUGCCCAGAUACUCUGCAAGGAACCCGCAGGGGUAUUCAUGGUUAGGAAAGAAGAGAACCUGAAAAAAUUAUUUCUCUCCAUUCAUUUCCCAGCCCAGACGAGGGCUUCUGAUGUUCUGGAAUACAGGAUUAAAGAAGAAAAAUCGUUACUAUACUUGGAAGGAUCUCUUCUCGUGUUUGAAGAUAUCUUCAAACUGGUUGCAUUCUACUGUGUCAGUAGAGAUUUGCUUCCCUUCACCCUAAAACUGCCACAAGCAAUAUUGGAAGCCAAUAGUGUUACAGAUCUAGAAGCCAUCUCUAGUCUGGGGAUAGGUUUCUGGGACUCCUCUUUAAAUCAAAGGCGAGGAGGGCAUUUUCCACACUCUGUGAAAGCUCCUGCUUUUGCCACAGCCCAAGCAAAAAAAGGGGAAAAAAACAGCCAGUGUUUUGCAACCAGCACGGACAAUUGUUCAUGUGAAAUUGAGCUGUCAAUAGGAAAUGACAGGCUGUGGUUUGUAAAUCCUAUUUUUAUAGAGGAGAGAAGCAAUUGGUUUCCCCCGGAUGUUCCACCUCCUCCUCCUCCUCCUCCUCCUCUAGAAGUCUGCAGGGAAGGUCCUUCUUUGACGAGAGACACUGUGGCAAGACUUCCUAAGAGAUCUCCCAGCCGUCGCCCUCCGCCACCUCCACCACCACCUCUGCCGCCACCUCUACAUGCUGUGAAGCUUCCUGAAAAGUCUUCCAUGACCACUUCUGAAGAGGACCAUCUUCAGGAACUGGAGAAAAACAAAAAGGAAAUGAAAACUGAGGUUAGCAAAGGCAAGGAAGAGGAUGGCCGAGGGUCCUUUUCCUCUCUUGGUGACUCUUUGUCCAUAAAUUCAAAGAAACGUAUUCCUCCUUCCAUUCCACCAAGGAGGUGCUUAUCUGAAAGAUAUUCAGAAAAGGGCUGCUUUGAUAAAUCUAGGAAAUGUCCAGCAUCAGGUGAUGAACUGGUGGGAAAACAGAGUGGCGGGAAUGAAGGUUGUGCUAAUGAUAUUCAGUGCAUCAAUGCUCCAGAGGUGUUUGAAGAAGUUUCAGAGAAAGACCCCUCAUCAUGUCAAGGACAGAAGUCUGAGAGCGAGGACAAAGAGCAGCCAACUGAGCUACAGAAGAAACCCUCAGAGAAGCCGGUAGGGCCUCCUAUCCCUCCCCCAAGAAAGAAGAGGCUCUCUCGACAGGAGUCAUCCGCCAGCUCUUGCCAUUCAAAACAUAGGGGUGCUGAAGAGUCAGACGUGCUGGUUCUAAGAGAAAACAGAAAGCCAGUGAAAAAAAGUUGCUCCAGUGCAAAAAAGGAAUCAAAAUUUGCCCAUCAGCCUCUUAGUUUAUCAGAUUGUGAAGGUUCUCAUGACUCACUGGACAGCCAAGUAAGCAACGCGGGGCCCCAAACGCCUGCCUCUGAGCCAGACUCCUAUUCCACAAGUAGUACUGAGGAUGAGCUAGAACUGGUGACCAGCCCCUCUGUGAAGAAGACACGUUCUAUGAUCUUAGGCAAGGCGAAGCAUCGCCUGUCCAUGGUCAGCCUGAGUUAUGUCUUCACUGCUUUUCUCUCUGCUGACAGAAAGCUCCAGAAGAAGAUUGUGGAGCUGGCCCAGGACAAGGACUCUUAUUUUGGCAACUUGGUACAAGACUACAAAGUAUACAGUCUGGAGAUGAUGGCAAGGCAGAGCUCCAGCACUGAGAUGCUGCAAGAGAUCCGCUUAAUGAUGACACAGCUGAAGAGCUACUUAGUACAAAGCAGGGAGUUAAAAUCCUUUAUGGACCAGGCUGUUCACACAGAUGAGCAGCUAGAGGUAAUUGUUGAGUCAGCGUUGCACAAGUGUGUCCUGAAGCCUUUGAAAGAGGCCAUCGAUACCUACUUAAGGGAAAUCCACAGCAAAGAUGGAUCCUUCAAGCUCCUGAAAGAAAACCAGCAAGUCAUACAAAAUACAACUACCACUGACCUGGGAGUCACCACUAGCGUGCCUGAAUCUGCAUUGCUGGAGAAAAUCCUGCACAAAUUUACAAGCAUGCACAAGGCCUAUUCUCCAGAAAAAAAGAUUAGCAUCCUUCUGAAGUCCUGCAAACUCAUCUAUGACUCCAUGACUCAGGGAAAUCCAGGGAAGCUUUAUGGGGCAGAUGACUUCCUCCCAGUGCUCAUGUAUGUACUGGCUCGCAGCAACCUGCCAGAGGUGCUUCUGAAUGUGGAAUAUAUGAUGGAGCUCAUGGACCCUGCACUACAGCUGGGUGAAGGUUCUUACUAUUUAAUCACUACUUAUGGGGCAGUAGAGCUUAUCAAGAGCUACGAUAAGAUCACAGUCACUCGGCAGCUGAGCAUGGAGGUUCAAGAUUCCAUUCACCGCUGGGAAAGACGGAGAACACUUAACAAAGCUCGGGCAUCCCAGUCCUCUGUUCAGGAUUUCAUCACAAUCUCCUUUAUGGAGGCUGAGGCCAAAACGAGGACACUGGCCUACCGGACUGACUCAACAACUCAUCAGCUGAUUCAGCAAUGUGCUGAGAAAUUUGAAGUCCCAGAGCCUCUGAACUAUAGGCUGUUCGUUCAUGUUGAUGACAAGAGACUGCAGCUUGAUGAUGAUGCCCUACCUCACUGCUUUAAAUCUCACCUCCUGAACAAAGAGCCCAAGCCAACUUUCCACUUUAUUUAUAAGCAGAUGGGCAGUGAAGAGCCACCAGUUCCCAUUAUCAAGCACCCAGAUGUUUUAUAACAGCCCUCUUGGAGCAGACUCAUUUAAACACUUGUGAUGUUUCAUGUUUCAAAGGUUCCUGAUCUCCAUCAGUAACAGAAGCACAGCAAAAUGCAGCUUCUGAGCUGAAUGGUGAUGGUGACGAUAUAUGCAAUCCUCCUCUUGGGCAUUUUCUCGACAGAAUUCAUUUUCAACAGUAAAUGGAAUAUACCAAGCAAAGUUCACUCUUGGAAGAAAAAAAAUAAUUUGAAUGAUUUACAACCUUAAAACAUAGGCAAAUGAUGUAGUUUUAGUGACAGGCUUGAGGUUAUGGGCAAAUGGCAAUAUAUAUCAGGCCAUCUAGUAUCAAAUGCACAAUAUUAUCAGAGAAGGCCCACCAAAAAAAUCUAAAUGGUCUUUCCUGUAGUAGUAAAAAAAUAUAACAAUGUACUAAAUAAUUGACUUAGGCCUGGUUUGCAUGUCACUUUAAACCAUAAUUUACACUGAAUUAAACUAUGGUUUGAACAGAUGUGCCAUUCUUUUAUUUCCCACCCAAACUAGAGGUGGCCUUGCAGUUAUAUGCAGACAAGCGCUUAUGGUUUGUUUGUUUCUUCAAGCUUUCUGCUUGGCUUGCCUUGCUGGUUAAGAAACAAACAAACCAUGAGCUGUAAUUCAUGCAUACUGGCUCGGUUCUCUGGUUUGUUUUCCUCUGUCCAGGAAAGGAAGGAGUGGGGAAAGAGCACUGAGGGGACUUUUGAUUCUCAUGUACCAGCACACUGCUCAUUCACAUUAAAUCAUAGUGUCAUUUAGCACCCUUAACAAAGUUGUACAAGAGUUCAAAGGGUGCUCACAGAGCUACAAUUCCCAGACUUCCCUGGGAAGAGAGAUGGAUUGUUAAACCACUAUAGGAGUUGUAGCUCUGAGGAGAAUAGAGGUCUCCUAACCACUCUCAUCACCCGUAACAAACUACAGUUCCCAAGAUUCUUUGGGGGAAGCCAUGACUGUUUAAAGUGCUAAAAUAGUGCUUUAAAUGUAUAGUGUGGAUGUGCCCUAGUUGAAGAAAACAUGCCAUGAUGUCCUGUGCGCAUUGCCCCACCUUUUCCCCACAUCACUGGCAGUUGGCGACAGAGCAACAUGGGGUGCAAUUAUGUUGUGCAGUGUUCACCACGACAAUACGAGAAAGCAACCCAGAGCUGGCAUGUGGGUAAGAAAGGUGAAUUUUUACACUGUUGAGAACACUAACUGGAAUCAAGAAUCAGAACACGCAAUGUGAAGGCAGUUUUACAUCGAGGAGAGGAGCGAGGGAGGGAGGCAGAAGUACUCUUUAAGUACCUGAAGGGCUGUCACAUAGAGGAGGGUACAGAUUUGUUCUCUGCUGCCCCAGAGGGUAGGACUAGGUCUAAUGGUUUUAAGUUGCAGGAGCGUAAAUUCAGAUUGGACAUUAGAAGGAACUUCUUGACAGUAAGGGCAGUUCGGCAAUGGAACCGACUGCCUAGGGAGGUGGUGGGAUCCCCUUCGCUGGAUGUCUUCAAGCAGAGGCUGGACAGCUAUCUGCGGGAGAUGCUCUAGCUGUGGAUUUCCUGCUGUGAGCAGGGGGUUGGACUCGAUGGCCUACAAGGCCCCUUCCAACUCUAUGAUUCUAUGGGAAGAGAAAGGCAUACAGAGAGAGGGCCAACAAAGCAAGAGAGCGUCAAGAAGCAAGAGCCAUAUACUGAGAUUCUGUGUUCUGCAACCAUGAAAGAGAAACAUUCAGAGUUAUAAUGAGCAGGCUGGAGCUAUGAAAAAAUGUCUUCCAUAUCAUUCAGAGUACAACUUGUGAGUUGCUACCAAUGAGUUAAAUGGGUGGUUCCCAAACUUUAUGAAUAAGGGACCCCCUUUGUAAGCUAAAUUUUUUGUGUGACACCCCCCCCAUGCUAAUUGUAAUUUUAGUCUCUGUUAAUUGAAAAAAUUGUGUGUGGCAAAAUCACGUCUCCAAAUAUCCCUUUCCAUGAAAAGCUCCCUGCAGCCGGGAAGGUGUUCUUUUCUUUUCUUAAUGCAAAGGUCCCAUCAAAUUGGGAUCUCCCUCCCCCCACGACAGUCUGAAGAUGUAUAGUCCUGUCUCCCAACACCAGUGGGUUACAGUGUUGGGCUAAGAUGUAGGUGGAAGAAAAGGGGGGUGCUGGCACACACAUUUAGCCUCAGAGAUGGGGGGGAGAGCAAGUCCUGCGUUUCCUCACUGCUCCUUGGCUCCAUCUAGGCCGAAGGCAAGAUCUGGGCAGCCUCGCAAAUAAGAGUAAUUUUUUUAAAGAGGUGGCAGUGAAGCAGGAGUCAAGAAAGGCAGGCUGGCUAUCAGGAAGGAAGGGGGGAAGCAGCCUUUCCUUGCAGCCUUGCUUCUUUUUGCUUCACGUAAAGCCCUCUUCUCUCAUUCUGAGUAAGGGCAGCAGCAGCAGCAGCAGUUCAAGGAGAUGGGAGUCGGGUUAGUAAUCCCCUCUUCUUCCUGGUAGCACCUCCCUCAGCCUUCUUUGGCAUCUGCCAUGUGUGGUACAGGCAGAUGCCUGCCCUUGGCAUGCCUGAAAGACACUCUGGUGCUUCAGCAAAGUCUUCCUCUCUCGUUUGGAGCAAGGGGGAGGUGUCAUCUGCAGCAGCAGUGGGGAGCAGAUGGCAUCCAGUUAGUGAAGACUUUUUUUAAAAAAAUCAUUUCUUUACUGUUCGCGGCCCCCUCUGGAUUACUUUGCAGCCCCCCUGGGGAUCACAGCCCCCCAGGUUGGGAACCACUGAGUUAAAUGGUGCAUAUUCUUCUACUGUUGGUCCUCUGCACAUUUCACCCUAUGUGUAUAAAAUGUGGGUCUUUAAGAACUCCUGUGGCACAAAACAGUGGCACCAAAACAAACCUAGGCAGCCUGGAUGGGUGAGGGGAAGCCCUUGUAUGCUGCACAGCUCAGUCCAGAAUGAUGUUUGCAGUAUAGCCUUAUAAUAACACAAUGCAUAUGGUCAUGUGGCAUCCAAAAAUGCACCCAUGGAGUGAAAAUUUGCAUGUUACAUGUGACUAAUUAAUUUCCUCCCACCACCCACCUAUCCUGUCUGCUUGUGGGGGACAGAGGCAAUUCAGUUUAGCCAUGGCAAAUUUCAUGAUCCAUUAGGCACGCUAUACAGGAGUAGUGAAGAACCUUUGGCCCACCAGAUGUUGCUGAAUUGGCCUAGGGUGGCUGAUGGGACUUAUGGUUUAGCAACAUCUCGUGAGCAAAAGUUUCCCCACAUCUGUUAUACAGUAUUUGUGAGCACAGAAGUUGUAGCAGCUUACCUAGGUGGGUUGCCAAGUGCUGGAUCAUAUUUUGCACCAUUGACUCAAGUAGAUGAAACAUUUUUGGGAGGGGAGGAGAGAGAAAGUAAAUAGCCAAAUGUAGUUGGUAAAGUGCCAUCCUUUGCAAUAUUAGAAUGCAUUCAUAAUAAUAAUAGUAAUAAAACUAGCUGUCACUUUGCUAAACAGAGAGCUAACACUAACUGCUGAAAAACAUAACACAAAUGGGAUUGUGUUCAAAUAAGUCCUUCUCAGAGUAGGGAUGUGCUACAACUCUGCACAAUUCGGAUUUUAUACCAAAUUUUCCAUUCAUUUUCUUAUUGUCUAUCAUUGCAGAUCAAAUUUUUAUGUAGCAAUUUCUUGCAGCAAUAUUAAGUAUGGUAAUUUUAUCAAUAUUUCUUUUUCAUUUAUCUAUAUUUUCUUUCAAAAUAUCAAUAUUUCCUUUCAAAAUAUCAAUGUUAAUAUCAAUAUUUUUGCAAGGGAAGAAAAUGGAUCGGUUAAACCAGUGGCUACUGGACAAAGAAUGAACUCAAACUGAUGCUAGCCUAUUAGGUUGACUGGAAUACUUUCAAACCAGAAAUGCCCAAAGGAUCCCAUCCCUAACUCAGAGUAAGCCCAUUGAAAUUAAUGAACAUAUCUAUUAACUUUAAUGGGUCUACUCUGAGUAGGACUAGCAAUAAAUACCACCUACGGGUUUUGGGGGGACAUGUUUUCUAUCCCAAGCUAAAUUCCAAUGUAUCUUGUAAACUGUCCAAAGCAAACCUAUGUGCCAAAAAGGCCCUUCAGUAUGCUUCCCUAGAUGUUUUUCUUUGAAAAAGCCAUGGGAUAGGACAAAGAAAUACCCCAGUGGCAAAAAUCAGUAAAUUUGUUGGGAUAUUUUUUGUCCCAGGAUGUUUUUGGUUUUCAAAAACAAAACUCUGCCUGGGCAGUUAAACCUGCAUUAAUGGAUCUUCUUCUUGUUGUUGAAUCCCUCCCCCCCCCCCAACAUGCUACCUUGCCCAGGACAGACCAACCAACCGAUAUGUCAAUUUCAUAUUUUUGACCCAGACAAAACCAUAAAUGACUGAAGUUUGGGGAUAUUAUUUCGUACUGUGCUUGGGACAAUGUCCUAGAAGCACCAUGUUGUUGGAUUACCUCUGUGACAAUUCUGCAAUGAAAGUGCACUCAGGGUGUAAUCUUACCCUUGGAGGGCUGGGUUAGAGAUAAACUGUCGAUAACCAAGGAAUCCUAUAGGAGCUAGUACAACUUAGGCUGAAAUAAAUUACUCCAGUCUCUCUUCAGGAGCCUCUAGGAAGGGCUGCUGCUGUCCAAGCUGGCAGGUGAGUGUUUGAGGAUUAGUCCCUAGGUCGCAUGACUUAGCUGAACAAGGUUUGGAAAAGGUGUAAAUCUCUCCUCGCCCCAUCCUGUCCCCACCACACCCUUUUGUGGAAUUUAUGCUGGCGUAAAUUCCACUGGCUGAGCCAGGGUGAGGGACUGACACCAGUGUGUUGCUGGCUCAGCCAGGUGAUGGACUUAGGCUGUUGGCACACUAGUUGCUUCAAAAGCAGUGAGAAUGGUUUUUCUGGCUGCGUUUUGAAGUAACUCUGCCCUUGCCUGGACACACCUCCCUUCCCCACUGCUGACGUCAGGCCUUUCAGGACCACCCACAGCAAAGGGUUGGGCCAAUUACUGUCUCUGCCUGAGCCUUCAGCAAAGUGUUUCCAUUGGCCACACCUGGAGGGUCAACAGGUUGAUCUACCACUCAGCUGCGAAAUCUGUCUGAAGUUGAUUUUUUUUUAAAAAAAACCAACACAAGCUGAUCCAACCAGGUUUUACAGCAAAAAGGGGCAAAGUUUGAUUAGUUUGUGUGCCCCAUUUUCAGAAAAGAGAGGUGGAGACACACCAGAACUGGCACAACAGUAUGUUCUACCCAUACCAGCUUAGCCCCAGCUCAGUCCUGGCUCAGCUGGGAAAAGCUGCCAAAUCCAAACCCAUCCCGGCAGAUCUUUGGUUUGGAUUGCCCUGUUAAAACAUCAGCUCCUUCAGAAAUAGAAUGGUCAUCCAGUUCCCCUUUGGCAGCUGCUCCACAAUUUUCCAAAGUCAUGGGCAUGGCUGAAACCCUGGCUAUUUUCUUUUUGUCCAGGCACAAGUGCUUUGGGAGAGCUUGAAACUGACUAGUUGUUUAGCAAGUUAGCUACUAUGCCAGACUGAUUUAAUGAUGUCUCAAGAAGAAAGGGCCUUUCUGUCACUGUAAAUGGGGUGCAUCUCCCAAUGAUGCGUUCUUUCAUUUCAGUGUGACAUACAGAAAUAUGUCAUCUCUAGUUUAGAUACACAGAAACAUUUUAUCCAGUCUGUAUUGCAAAAAUGCCUCUAUAUAUGUAUUUGUUUCCCUGUAUCAUAGUAGAUAUUUGAAUAAUGUCUGCUUCAUGGAGGCAGCAUAACGCAAAGACUUGGGAGGGCACAAGUGCUCACUGCAGCAAGUUCACUUUGGUCCUCUGAAACAGCUCAAAUAAAGAAACACAGAGGUCGGCUCUCCGCUCUCACCCUCCCUUUUGUACUCAGGGCCUGGAAGUGAUUCUUUUGACGGUGUUGGCUGUCUCUGUAUCUUCUAAUGCUGCUGUAUUGUGUGUGAUUUUUAUAAUAA